AAGGGGGCGCAGGCUUUUGGUUUUUUGUCGGGACAAGGAUGGCGACGGAUGUUGAGGAGGAAAUCGAGGAGCUGCCAGACGAGGAGAAGGAGAGCGACGAGCUCCGCUUCGCUGAGAUCCACAAGACCGUGGGCGGGGAGGUCUGCAAAGGCGUGGUGGAGGACAUCGAGGUUGGGCAGAUCUCGAGGGAGCGCCUCUACCGGGUCAGGUACAGUGACGGGGAUCUGGAGCAUAUGACCGAACAGGAGGUGAGGUCCGUACUGGUGGCGUUGAACAAGGAGAAUCCCUCGAAGGGACCUCUCAAGAAGCCUGCCGGCGCAGAGGAUGUUGAGAUGGGAGCCGGAAUAAGACGAAGCCAGCAGGGAAGGCAAAGGCGAAGGCGAAGGGGAAGGGAAAGGCCAAGGCCAAGGCCAAAGCGGCCGAUCCCAUCGUGGAGGAGGAUGCUGAAAGCCCCGUGAUGAAGAAGCCGGCUGCCGCGGUCGCGCAGGAGCCUGAGGAUGAGGAGAUGCCGCCGGCCGAAGAGGAAGAGGCUCCCAUCAUGAAGAAGCCAGCAGCGGCGAAAGGCAAAGCGAAGGCCAAAGCAAAGGCAGCGGCUGAGGCACCAGAGGAGGAGCCGCAAGAGGAAGCUGCAGCAGAGGAGGAGGAGGAGGAGGAGCCUCAAGAGGAAGAGGUGCCGAUGAAGAAGCCGGCGGCCAGAGCCGAGCCAAAGGCGAAGGCCGAGCCCAAAGCGAAGGCCGAGCCCAAAGCGAAGGCCAAGGGCGGCGCGAAGGCCAAGGCCAAGGCCAAGGCGGAGGCAGAAAAAGAGGAGGCAGAGGAGAAGGAAGAGGAGGAAGACGCUGCAGAAGAGGAAGAAGAGGAAGAAGAGGAAGAGGAGGAAGAAGAGGAGGAAGAAGAAGAGGAGGAGGAAGACGCAGAGGAAGAUGAGGAGAUGGAAGAUGCUCCCGUGAUGAAGAAACCUGCAGCAAAGGCAUCUCCAAAGAAGGCAGCUGGAAAGGCCUCAGCAUCUCCAAAGAAGGCGGCGAAGGCAAAGGCUUCGCCCGCGAAGCCCAAAGCGAAGGCCAAGGCGAAGGCGAAAGCCAAGGCGAAGGCGAAGACUGCGAAGGCGGUCCUAAAGAGACCUGCAGCCAGAAAGUGAGGGGGGAAGCUCCUCGUUGUCAAGGGUGAGCCUUUGCAACGGCUGGGACAGUGCAUUGAGCACUGUGAGGGCAUUCUCGUCUGCAUCCCAAGGGGCACGAGACGCGCGGGCUCUCCGAAUUGGGGUUGGAGAGUUCGCUGAAUCGAUGCGCUGGGGGAGACAAUGUAUGAACCGAAUUGGCAAACCGAG